UAUCAGAAACAAAUUACAUAACAGUAGUCAAUAGACAGUUGUACUUAUUGGUUGUUUAUCGUUUAUCCGUGUUAGCCAGUACUACGAAGUAUACUCGUAUGUCAGUUUACUAGCUUUAUAAAAUUUUUUAUUUCGUCUUAAAUUUGACCAACGUAAUUCGUCACUGCUAUCUCUUUCACUGAGUUAUACUGUUAUUAUUAUGUUAACUAGUUAACACCAAUACAAUGGACAAAUACGACAAAGCCUCUCAGCAUAUUAAAGAUUCCUUGAACACUAAAAAUCUAGCAGAAUGUCUAUCACAAACAGGACGUUUUUCAUAUUGUGCUUUAUGUGCAACUUCCUUAAGCUGCCUAUAUAAAUAUCCUGCACAUGUAGAUUUUAAGUUGGACUGUUUACGUAUAUUAUGUAAUCAUUUAAGACUAAUGUUACAAUUACCAACUAUGCGAGAGAUGGCCAAUUGUGAACUUCCCUUAGAUGCCAAAGUAUAUGUUCGAGCUCUCAAAAAAGAAGAAGUACUGAAAGAAGGCAUGAUGAUUAUUGUACAAGACCUUCUAUUGCUAGCCAUUUCAAAUGGAUUUAAAGUAGGUAUCUAUGAUGCUCGAUGGAGAGUCCUCAUAUUAUAUGUUAAUCGUGUGUUUGAUCUUGAUUUAAAUACAGUAGAUAAUUUUGAGUUAAGCGUUGUAAAUUGUUUAUCAAAUUUUUUGCCAGUUCAAACUGAACAAGAACAAGCUGAUGCUGCUCGACGUAUUCGUGUAUCAAAAACUAAACGUUUUGCAAUGAUUGGAUUCGCAUCGGUUGGUGGUGGAAUUCUCCUUGGUUUAACUGGUGGAUUGGCUGCUCCUCUUAUUGGUGCAGGACUAUCUAGUAUCAUAGGAACAUCAAUUGUUGGAGCUAUAGGAACAGUAGGUGGUACAGCUAUUGUUGGAUCACUUUUUGGUGUUGCAGGAGCAAGUUUAACUGGAUACAAAAUGCAUAAAAGAGUUGGUGACAUAGAAGAGUUUCAAUUUCGUAAGCUGUCAACAGAUAUAGAAACUGGAGAUAUUCACUUACAUAUUACUAUUGCAAUAUCUGGAUGGUUAAAUGAGGAUAUAGAAACCAGCUAUAGUCAACCUUGGAAAUAUCUUCGAGACAGCCCAGAACAGUAUUAUCUACGAUAUGAAUCUUCUUAUUUGUUGGAGUUUGGAAAAGCUAUGGAAUACUUUUUUAGUUUUGCGGUUUCUGUAGCAGUUCAAGAAUCUUUGAAGUACACUGUACUCUCAGGCCUGAUGGCAGCUAUUGCAUGGCCUGCAGGAAUUUUGGGUUUGGCCUCUGUCAUUGAUAAUCCAUGGGGUGUGUGUUGUCGACGAUCAGCACAAGUUGGAAAACAAUUAGCUGAAACACUACUUUCACAUAGUCAUGGUAAUCGUCCAGUAACAUUGAUUGGUUAUAGCCUUGGCGCUCGAGUUAUCUAUUAUUGUUUACGAGAAAUGUCUCAAAGAGAAAAAUGUCAAGGUAUUGUCCAAGAUGCUAUCUUAAUAGGCACUCCGUGCACUAGAAACUCUUCAGAUUGGAACAAAAUUUCAGAAAUUGUAGCUGGAAGAGUAGUGAAUGCAUAUUGCAGGAGUGAUUGGUUCCUGAAAUUCUUGUAUAGAACACUUUCUAUGCACGCAAAUGGAGUAGCUGGUCUUCAAGCUGUUCAAUCAGUUAGUGAUAGAAUAGAAAAUAUUGAUUUGACUGAUAUUGUUUCAGGACAUUUUGAGUAUCCACAAAAACUAACGGAGAUUUUAAUGUACAUUGGAGUUAAUGUAGAUGCAUCGGCCAAAAUUCAAUUAAUUACUACACAAUCUAUGCCGGAAGGAAUAUCAGAGAAUUUAAAAAUAAAUGAUAAUUAUACUGUCAAAAAAUCAAAAUCUGUAAUUGAUCUUACAAUUAUUGAUACCAAAAAAAAUGAGGCGCAAUGACUGUUUUAUCUGGAAAAACAUAUCGAGCUUAUUUCUUCAACACAAUAUCAUAUUAAACACUAUUUUAAAACUUAUGUUUAGAAAAAAAAAAA